AAAACUAUAAAUAUGGAGGGAGCAUCAGGAGUUUGUUCAGAAAUCUCAAAAAUUGACAAUGAACUUGAACAAAUAGAGCUCCAAAUUGAAGUGUUAUUAAAAAUACAAGAAGAAUUGAAUAGCAGAAAGGAACACUUAGAGAUGCAACUAAAUGAGAACGAGGUAUUUUUGGAAUCCAAAAGGAAGGACUGGUCGCUAAGGAAUUUUGAAUGGUCUGAGCAACUUGAGGAUUUGAGGGAGAAAGUUUUUCAUAUUGACGAAUUUCGGCCAUUGCAGAUUGAAUGUAUGAAUGUUACCAUGUCAGGUUUGGACUGUAUUCUGAUCAUGCCAACUGGUGGAGGUAAAAGCCUUACAUUCCAACUCCCAGCUUUGUUAUCCCCUGGGUUUACACUGGUAAUAUCACCUCUGGUAUCCCUGAUGGAAGAUCAACUCAUGUCACUACGGGAAUAUAAUAUUGAAGCUAGCUUAUUGAAUGCUAGUAGUUCCAGAGAACAUAUUAAUUAUGUGCACAGUAACAUGAUAAAAAAAGAUUCAGGAUUAAAGAUAUUGUAUGUUACACCUGAGAAGAUUGCGAAGAGUAAACGGUUUAUGGCAAAACUUGAAAAAAGUUACACAGCUGGCUGCCUGUCACGUAUUGUGAUAGACGAGGUCCACUGCAUCAGCCAAUGGGGACAUGACUUUAGACCCGACUAUAAAAUUCUCGGAAUUCUAAAAAGACAAUUUCCAAAUUGUGCAAUACUCGGACUUACUGCUACGGCAACAUCACGUGUCAUUGAAGAUGUUAAGAAUAAUCUAAAUUUAACAUCGGACUGUGUUAUACUCAAAGCUUCUUUCAAUCGCCCUAAUCUUUAUUACGAGGUUAGAAUGAAGCCGUCGUCGCCAGUGAAUAUAUUGAACGAAAUUGCGUCAGUGAUUAAGGCACAGUUUUUGGGAGAGUCAGGGAUAGUUUAUUGUCUCUCAAGGAAAGAUUCCUUUGACGUCGCUUUGGGACUCCGCAAACGCGAAGUUAGCGCGAAAUGUUAUCAUGCAGAUUUAACACCUGAAGCUCGCACGAAAGUGCACAAUUCCUGGACAAAAGGAAAUUUAAAGGUGAUCGUGGCCACUACUGCAUUUGGCAUGGGGAUAAAUAAGGCGAAUGUACGCUACGUCAUCCAUCAUACUAUGAGUCAAUCUCUGGAGAAUUACUAUCAAGAAAGUGGUCGCGCUGGCAGAGAUGGGAAAAGAGCUCAGUGUAUAUUAUAUUAUAAUCCAACUGAUUCCAGUCGGCUGAGUUGCAUGGUUUUUACGGAGCAAACGGGGUUACCGAAUCUUUACAAGAUGUUAUCAUAUAGUCAAGACUUGCAAUCAUGUCGUCGUUCGUUGAUUGGUCAACAUUUUGGCGAGGAAUGGAAAAAUGAAGAGUGUAAAGGAAUGUGUGAUAACUGCCAGAGACGGGAAAAAGGGGAAGAUAACAGUAUCGCUUUAAGAAAGGAUUUGACGAAAGAGGCGCAAAAUGUUUUAAAGAUCGUAAAACGCGGCCUAGAAAUUGAUGAACGAGUUACGAUGAAUAAGUUAUUCCAAGCCUGGAAUGGCAAAGGAAAUAAGAAAUUGCGAUUGAAAGAUGUAUCUAUACCUUCUCUAACCGCUGUGGAUUGUCUGCGGUUCCUCAUUCACCUAAUACUUGAGUGUAUUCUACGUGAAGAUUUCCAUUUUACCCCCUUCUCAAAGAUACCGCAUCUUGUGCCUGGACUGCGCGCGAGGGAACUUUCGGCGGGAAAUGUAUCAGUAUCAAUGUUGCUAUCGAGUCAAACGUCAAUCCAGAAACUUCAAAAAAAAGCGUCGAAGAAACGAGACAGAGCCAAGUCAGGCAAAGAUGAUAUAAACUGUGGCACUAAAAUAGAAGCCAAGAAAGCUAAAGUUGAAGUGGACAUUACUGACAGUGAUAGCUUGAAGCCAUCAUCGUCACAACCGAAUAAGAAAUUGAAUACUCACUUGCCUUCUUCAAGAUCUAAUAACCCUGUUGUGAUUAAUAUUGAUUAACUGGAUUACGAGUAUUUGUUUCUUUGAAUGUCUCCAGAUCAGUGUGAGAUCAGAGUGUUUCGUGUAUGAAGUCUGUUCUCAAAAUAAUUUCUUCAGUCUUCAGAUUUUGGAUGUAAAAAAAUAAAAUAGCAUUGCCACGUGUGUGACCAGAGAAUCACCCAAUGCAUGGUUCUCAUAACUCUAACAUUGUUCCCUUUUUUUACAUUUCUGGGAAAGGACUUCAUCUUUCUUAGAAAAAUGGCUUUUAAAAUUCUAUAUGAUAAACUGUGUAAAAGUCCAUUUUACGCUUCGUUAAAUCUCGGUAACCGGGCUCGUACGAACAGCCCCUAAGUAAGACUUUAGCUCAUCACUGCGGAUUCAGCUUGACUGUUAAAUGCAUGUAAAUAGUUUUUGCGUUAAUUUUAACAAUUGCGCGAUGACAUUUCUAGACAAACAGUGACACGUUUCCUGGGCGUAACUUCAAUGGCCGUCUUGAAAAUUCAAACGUUACUGACAUAAAUGACCAAAGUAGAAUUCGGAAAAUGUCCGAGAGGUGUUUGCUUUUUAACAGAACGUUAAAGCCCUGCACAGACUAAAAAGUUUUCC